ACACUGCACAAGAACACGUGACUGACCCCCCCCUCCCCCCCCUACCUGUGCUCAGUGGUUCCGUAGUCGCCGUAGUGAGAGGAGGUGUUGGAGCAACAUUGUUUCUCUACCAAGAUGGCCAUCAGAAACCCCGAGAUAAAAUACAAGGAGCUUUUUAUCAACAAUGAGUUCGUCAAAGCGGAAAGCGGACGGACCUUCCCCGUCUUCAACCCGACGACAGGGGAUGCUAUUUGCGAGGUUUCCGAGGCCGGCCCGGAGGAUGUGAACAAGGCGGUGGCAGCAGCUAGAAAGGCGUUCUCCAACACUGCCCCGUGGCGCACCAUGGACGCUUCCGAGAGGGCCAGACUCAUUCUUAAGUUGAGUGACCUGAUGGAGCGGGAUCUAUGUUACCUAGCCAGCCUGGACACCCUCGAUAACGGCAAGCCAUUCACUGAAUCUUUGUGCGAUCUGGAGUACAGCAUCAAGACUCUACGCUACUAUGCUGGCUGGUGUGACAAGAUCCAGGGGAGCACCAUCCCUUGUGAUGGAGAGUUCAUGUGCCUGACCCGCCGGGAGCCCUUGGGUGUGGUGGGACAGAUUAUCCCAUGGAACUACCCAGUCAUGAUGCUGGCGUGGAAAUGGGGGCCCGCACUUGCUACUGGUUGUACCAUCGUUCUUAAGUCCGCUGAACUCACCCCCAUCAGCUCCCUGUAUGUGGGAUCGCUGGUCAAGGAGGCUGGCUUUCCCCCUGGUGUGAUCAACAUUAUCCCUGGCAUGGGUCCAGUCGCUGGCCAUGCUAUCGCCCACCAUCAGGAUAUAGACAAGGUGGCAUUCACUGGUUCAACUGCCGUGGGGCGCAAGAUUAUGGGAGCUGCCAGCGAGUCUAACCUGAAGCGUGUCACAAUGGAGUUGGGCGGCAAGAGUCCACUCGUCGUUUGUUCCGACUGUGGAGACCUGGAUGAGGCUGCAGAAUUAUGCCACACAGCAAUGUUCGGUAACCACGGACAGAACUGCUGUGCUGGGUCCAGAACUUUUGUCCAUGAAUCCAUCUAUGACGAAUUUGUAAAGCGAGCAGUAAAGCUGGCAGAGGAACGGCCGGUUGGUGACCCAUUUGAUGAGAAGACACUGCUGGGGCCUCUGGUGAGCCAGACACAAAUGGAACGUGUGUUGGGCUACAUUGAGAAAGGUAAGAGCGAGGGCGCAAAGUUGGAAUGUGGUGGCGCACGUCUCGGCUCUGAGGGAUACUUCGUCUCGCCCACGGUCUUCUCCAAUGUGACAGACGACAUGACUAUUGCCAAGGAAGAAAUCUUUGGGCCUGUACAAGUGAUCCUCAAGUUCAGCAGCAUGGAUGAGGUGAUCAAACGCUCCAACAACACAGAGUAUGGCCUGGCUUCUGGUAUUAUCACCACCAACAUUAACAAGGCCAUAAUGUAUGCCCAAGCUGUUCAGGCUGGAUCAGUUUGGGUCAACUGCUAUGAUGUGUGUCUCCCACAAACACCAUUUGGAGGAUACAAACAAUCUGGUCAUGGACGGGAACUGGGCAAGGAGGGCCUGGAUGAAUACCUAGAGACGAAGACCAUCACAAUCAAGGUACAACGCAAGAUGUCUUAGAUUAAACGUAAGGUUCCUUCCAAGCUGUAUCACUCAUGAAAGAAGGGCAUAAGAAACCACCACAGAAUAACAUAGUAUUUAAUUUUAGUAUGUGUUGAAUUAAUUUGAUGCCUCAGAGGUGAAGGUGCAUGAUCAUGUUAAUAAUUUACUGUUGGAAACCUGCAUAUUAAUGUGAAUGUCAAGCUUUAAAAGAAAACUCAAUAUUGAUGUGAAUUUGUAAUGCUUUUGUGGGGGGGGAGGG